CACAUUGAUAACAAACAUCUAUCUGUGCAUUUAUUUUAAUCGCAGUAGCCAAUCAAACAACAUCAACUAGUGAACUGCUCGUCUACCUUCUCCGCAUCUCAAUUACGCUCGGGUUCCGGCACAGAAAUCCGCAAUGAACAAAGAGGCGCCCGAUGGCCUUGAACUGAGCCAAGGUGUGACACCGCUCAACCUGAGCACAGAAUCCGGUUUCUAUGCCGAUUGGAAGCAAAGCUACCACGUGGACACCGAGCAGGCCAUACUGAAUCCAUAUCCAACUGAUACAAUCAUGGCGUCGAUCACCCGAUUGAUCUCCACUCUGUGCGCAAAGUUUCAACUUUCGCACACGAUAGAAUUCUCUGCAAUUGACACGUUGGAACAGUUUGUGAUCAAGGUCAUUGCCGGCGAGCGUGGAGCUUCUGUGGGAGAAAACUAUCUCAAACAAAUGCCGCUGUACGCUGUGAGCGUAGUGAAUAUGGUCAGUAAGUACUUCGAUGCCCAUAUCAAACUGGACUGGAACGGUUUUCAACGGAUGUUUGCGAAAUAUAGCCCGGGCGUUCCGUGGUCCAGCAAACGGAUGAUGGAGUUGGAGUAUGAGGUUAUGAAAAAGUUAAACCACAAGAUUUACCACUCCCUUCUUCUGGGUGCGGUAGAACGCUUUGCUAAGGAUCACAUUUUAACAGUCGGCGUCGUCCGAAAGGAUCAUUUCGGAAAGGUCGGAGUUAAGUUGUUACGAGUGGUCUAUGCGCAAAGGUACAACAUCUACAAGAGCUUGCGACCGCGUGUGAGUUCCGAGGACAUGUUCGUACGGUUCAAGUCGAACAAAUUGAUUCUGGCAGCCGCGAUAGUUAUGGCCAUCCUGAAGCUGUGCGGAAUCGAUCAGCAGCAAGUAGUGGACCGUGUCGCUGAAACAUUAUCGAACGAAUGUUUUGUCGAGGCGAUGAACAUAAUCUUCUUACGGGACGCUAUACUGAAUGUAUUUAAUUGACCAUCAACGAAAUAUAUAAAUUUGACUUUCCUCUGGGUUUAUACACAACGUGUGCUGUGGUAUCCAGUGCUGGGAA